UUCUUCCCUGUAAGGCGUAAGUUCUUCCUCGUCGUUACUCCUCUGCCUACCAUCUCUUCCGCAUUACUUGCUACAGUAUAAGUAUUUUGAGGAGCUGUAAUGUCUGAAACCAAUGAUGAUGGACCUUCUUUUUCACAAUUUCCCUGCUUUUCAAGCUCAAAUCACUCUCAAGUAACUUACACUGAAGCUGUCCCCAUCCGUUGUGUUGCUCCCAUAAGUGUUACUGAACCACACACCAACAAGAAAAACAAACUUUCUCCCAAGAACAAGACCAAGUCUUGUUCAAUUUCUAAAAAGUCCAAGAAAAAAACCAUUCUAAAACCAAAUGUGGAGAGAAAGAAUCUGGAUGCUAGUUUUGAUGAUUCCAAAAUUGACUUUUCAAAGGUACCUCCUCCUAUAUGUUCUUGCACAGGUGUUCCUAGACAAUGCCACAAAUGUGGGGUUAACGGGUGGCAAUCUUCUUGUUGUAACUCUAAGAUAUCGGUUUUCCCCCUUCCAAUGAGUCCAUGGAGGCCAGGGGCACGUGUGGGUGGAAGAAAAAUGAGCCAUGGUGCAUAUCGGAAGCUACUUUGUAAGCUUGCAAGUGAAGGUCAAGAUCUUUCUCAUCCAGUUGACUUGAAACCACAUUGGGCCAAACAUGGCACUAACAACUUUGUUACAAUCAAGUAAUAUUAUAUAAUGUCUAUGUAACUUAGUCUAGAAUGAAUCUUAGAUGUUGGGAAAAUCUAGUUGUGAAUAAAAGUACUAAUAAUAAUAUCAAAUAUGCUUCAGACU